GCCUGGCUGCCUGCCACACCUGCGUGUGUCCCGGGCUGCUGUGGGGAGAAGUACAGCCCUUCCACUUUGCUGCCUCUGCAAGGGCCUCCUUCCCUCUGUAAUGAUCCCGCUUACCCAGAGACCCACAGGGCUUGUGCCAGCAACACUGAGGAUCUAGAAAUGGUUGUCAACUACAAAGGACUGCUCAUCUCACGCUCCACUGCUGGCCCUGGGCAUCUAUCUCUUAUGGAAAGUAAAGGCUGCCAUUCCACGCUUGGUAACGAUACAGGAGGGGAGCGCGGGCCGCGCCAGUGCAUCGAGCGAGAGGCAGCCGCCGAGAUGGACGUGUUCCUCAUGAUCCGGCGCCACAAGACCACUAUCUUCACGGACGCCAAGGAGUUGAGCACAGUGUUUGAGCUGAAGCGCAUCAUCGAGGGCAUCCUCAAGAGGCCGCCCGACGAGCAGAGGCUGUACAAGGAUGACCAGCUUCUAGAUGAUGGCAAAACACUGGGAGAGUGUGGCUUUACCAGCCAAGCAGCAAGGCCACAGGCCCCAGCCACAGUGGGGCUGGCUUUCCGUGCAGAUGACACCUUUGUGGCCCUGCGCAUUGAGCCCUUCUCUAGCCCUCCGGACCUUCCAGAUAUGAUGAAGCCUCAGCACUCUGGUGGCAACGCCAGUGAACAAGCUGUACAGUGA